AUGAAAAAAGAACAUUUAUUAAUCAGUUUUAUUUAUACAUUAAUUAGUGGAAUAUGGACAUCAUUUAUUAUGAUUGUUGUACAUAAUCGUGUACCCAAUGUGCUCGGUCAUCAUCUUGAUUGUACUCCAUUGAAAUAUGGUACUUCCGAAGAAAUUUUAUCUCGUUGUAUACAAAUAUUUCUUUUUCAAGGAUUAUUAUUUCAAGGUGUACUUUCAUAUGGUGAUUGUAUAUUUUCUAGUCAUACAGUUAUAUUAACAUUAUUAAAUCAUUGUAUUACAGAAUGUAAAAAAAAAAAAAGACAAGCAAUAUAUAUAUGUAAAUCUUUAAAUACAACAUCUAAUUUUUAUGUUAUACAUCUAUUUUCAUGGUUCUGUAAAAUAUUUAGUAUGAUAUUAAUUCAAUAUUAUACCAUUGAUGUAUUUAUUAUAGUUAUUUUUUUAACAAGUCGUUUAUUUCUAUAUUAUCAUUCAUUAACUAAUAAUGCUAUUUUACAUUCAAAAUCAGAUAAUUGUUUAUCAAUAUGGUUUUCAAUCUAUGAUACUUAA